AUGGAGAGGAACGACUACUAUAGCACCGGCAUCGCCGACCCAGCAGUGGCUACUGCCACCCGACUCCACCCGAGAGUCAGCACCGAAGCAGCGCACACCGACAUCGUCCACGCAGAGGGUCAGCCCGGCCUCGAGCGUAUCUCUACCGAGAAGUUCAGCGAAAAGGGCAUCGACGCCGAUGAGAAGGAGCAUCUACCUUAUAGUCAGGAACCAGAAGACGCCGAAGACAGACAAGAGGCUUUCACUGCUGCCGAUCUGGCUGCCGGUGUCCCUUUUCCCGAGUCCUCCCUCCCGCACGAAGACGGAGAUGGCUUGACCGUUCGAGCCCUUGUCAUAGGAACUGCUCUGGGCCUCGUCAUCGCUGCUUCCAACAUCUAUCUCGGACUCAAGACGGGAUUCACUUUUGGUGCCAGCCUAGAAAGUAUCAUGAUUGGCUUCUUCUCAAGCCUUGUUGGAUUCGUUGUCAUCAAGGCCAUCGCUCGAACGAUGCCUAACAAGCUCGGAGGAGGCUUUUUCGGACCCAAGGAGAACGUUACCAUUCAGUCCGCUGCCACGGGCGCCGCUGGUCUCACGUCGAUGUUCGUCGCGGCAGUGCCCGCCAUGUACCGCUUGAACCUCUUGGGUUCCUCGCCGCAAGCCGACUUCGGCCGUCUCUUCACCUUCACCUUUUGCUCUGCGUUCUACGCUUGCUUCUUCGCUAUUCCUUUGCGACGCUUCGUGAUAUUACGUCAAAAGUUAGUGUUUCCCACACCAACGGCGACCGCCCUUGCAAUUCGUGCCAUGCACACUGCUUCUGGCGCUGCUAUUGCUCGCAAGAAGACCAAGGCUCUGGGGAUUGCCUUUAUCUGCGCUCUGGCAUUCGUCGUUCUGCAGGGCUUCCUACCAGGAAUCCUUCAGGACCAGCACAUGUUCUACUGGUUCGCAAGUUGGGGAUGGAGCUCUGCUCAGUACGUUGACUCUUGGGGAUGGUACACUACUAUCACUCCCGCAUUUUUCGGUACAGGAAUGAUCGCUGGCAACAACGCUUCCUUCUCCUUCUUGGGCGGUCUCUUCCUUGCUUGGGGUUUCCUCGGCCCAGUUCUGACUCGUACAGGAGAGGCUGCAUGCAAGCUGUACAGCGUCGCGUACGAGGACGACACUCUGCCUCCCGAGGCCUACACCUGCUACAGUAUGAGCAUCCCCGCCGAUCUGAAGAUGGCCUCACCAAGAUACUGGAUGAUCUGGCCCGCCGUGCUGAUGAUGCUUGUCUACUCGUUCAUGGAGCUGCUCAUGAACUGGAGGCCCAUCUACUACGGUGUUCGAGCUGGAGUCCUGUCGCUCGCCAGCAAAGUCACUAAGAAGGAAUACGACAUGAAGACUGGUGAAGAGAUUCCCGACCCUGCACCCGCCAGCCAGCAGGUUCGAGGCAUCUGGAUCUGGGGUGGUCUCGCAGCAUCUAUUCUCAUGACUGUCCUAGUCUGCGCUCUACAAUUCGACAUGAACGCGGGCAACGCCAUUCUCGCCAUCGUGCUGGCCUUCAUGCUCUCGUUCAUUGGCCUUCAAAGCUCCGGUACUACGGACAUCAACCCUCUCUCUUCGGUUGCCAAGGCCACUCAGCUCAUCAUUGGUGGAGCCGUCAAGGGUCAGGGCGUCACUGGCAACGCCGCCAUGCUGCAGAACUUGAUUGGUGGUUCUAUCGCCUCUUCCGCCGCUGCCCACUCCGUCGAUAUGGUAGGCGAUCUCAAGACUGGUCACUGGCUUAGGGCUUCCCCCAAGACUCAGUUCUGGGCUCAACUGUUCGGCUCCUUGUGGGCAGCUCCAUUCAGCGUCGGUCUCUAUGUCCUCUUCGUUGCCGCAUAUCCUUGCAUCAACGAUGGCGACAUUGAAGUCUGCCCUUUCUCCGCUCCUUCGGUUGCCGCUUGGCGAGCUGUUGCAGUCGCGGUAGUGUCACCCAAGCUGCCCAUAACUCUGAGCAGUGGUCUUACUGCGAUUGGCAUGUCCAUCCUGGCUGCCUUGACCGUCUUCGCCAAGUACAAGUGGAUCCCAGCAAAGUACCAUUGCUACAUUCCCAACUGGAACGCCAUCGGCAUUGGCUUCCUCGUCCCCAACUGCAAUUACGGUAUCUCCAUGGCGACUGGAGCUAUUCUCGUCUCUGUCUGGUCUAGGAGAUGGCCCGGAAACGCCGACAUCUUUGCCUACGCUAUCGCCGCCGGUCUUGUCGCAGGUGAAGGAAUUGCAGGAGUAGUCAAUGCUAUCCUCCAGAUUGCAGGAGUAGCUCAGGCUAACUACGGCUCGACUGUUGGUCUUGCCCCUUGGAUGAUCUGAGUGGGGUUCGCAGGUAGACAGCGAGGUAAGCUGGGCUGGAGAGUCAGCUGACGAUUCGGCUGAGUGGACCUCGCUUGUGUUGUGUUCUGCUUCUUUUGUCACGUUUUAUCUCUCUCAUGGG